AUGCUAGAUGUUCUGCUCUCUUCGCUGAUUCCGGCCUUAGUUAUUGUCCACCUCUUUGUUACUCCAUUCACCAAAGUUGAAGAGUCUUUCAAUUUACAAGCUGCACACGACAUUAUCAAUUACGGCCUACCAUAUCGUAACAUCUCCCAGAAUCUUCACCAAAAUUAUGAUCACUUUUCGUUUCCUGGGGCUGUCCCGCGUACGUUCGUUGGGGCUAUCAGCCUUGCAGUGUUGUCGAAACCCUUCUUAUUCUUGAAUGGCCCCCAAAAUGCUCAGAUGAUAGUGAGAGGACUGCUUGGAAGUUUCAAUUCUUUUGCAUUGCUCAGCUACAAGAAUAGCUUAGCCAAGGAGUAUGGUACCGUCACUGGAAGAUGGUUUGUCCUGUUGAUAGCAACCCAAUUCCAUGUAAUCUAUUAUGCAUCGAGGACUUUGCCUAAUAUGUUUGCAUUUGGUCUCACUACCCUCGCACUGAAGGAAUUUAUUCCAAGGCGUUUGUCCCAAGAGCGCAUGGACAUAUCCAGACGGCAAAAACGAGGAAUCUUGUUUCUCGUAUUUGCUGGAGUUAUUUUCCGUGCAGAGGUUUCUAUAUUGCUAGGCUCUCAGCUACUAUGUCUGUUGAUCAAAUCUAAAAUCUCUAUGGGAACUAUUAUAACAACUCUCAUAAAGAGCGCCAGCAUCGCCCUCUUCAUAACUUUUACCGUCGACUCGUACCUUUGGCAGUAUCCAGUCUGGCCCGAGUUGGCCGGAUUCUACUUCAACGCGAUCCAGGGAAAUUCUGCUAAUUGGGGAACCUCUUCUAUAUAUUUCUACUUUACCAACAUUCUUCCUAAGCUUCUUUUGAAUCCAAUCAUCAUAGUUGGGCUUAUUCCAAUUGGGGUGUAUUUACCAGGAAUUAGAGAUCCUGUAAGAGGACUUAUUGUGCCAUCUCUCCUAUAUGUUGCUAUUUACAGCCUCCAGCCUCACAAAGAAACGCGUUUUAUCAUAUAUGUUGUGCCACCGCUUACUGCUGCAGCGGCUUGCUCAGCAUCUUAUAUUUGGAACCGGGCAUCGAAAAGCCUUCCGUAUUUCAUCGGUUCUAUAUUUUUGGUAUUUUCGAUAAUUUUAAGCGGUAUGGCUGUAGUCAGCAUCCUUUUCAUAUCCUCUUUUAAUUAUCCCGGUGGUGAGGCAAUUUCACGCUUGAAUAAACUUAUCCUAAAUUCCGAAUCAUCUGUUAGAUCAAAUCAUAUUCAACAGAUAGCAAUUCAUAUGGAUGUCUAUUCAUGUAUGACAGGUAUCACCCGCUUUCUUGAGAUAUUUCCGGCAGAAGGCACCUCCAAGGAUUUAAAUAUUGUCAACGGUAAUAGAAGACAUGUUAUAUAUGAUAAAACUGAAAAUAAUACGCUGCUCCAUCAACUAGAAUGGUGGAACCAAUUUGACUAUGCACUCAUAGAAACACCUGAAUCUGCACUAGGUACGUGGGAUAUUUUGUCUACAAUUCUUGGCUAUUCAGGAGUCGAAGUAUUGUGCCCAGGAGAUACCGGAUCACUAUUAAGUAAUCGAGAAUUUGAAGUGUUGCAUCGAAUACGGAAAGUGGCGCGUAUCAUAACGCAUGGUUGGUGGAUUGGUCCGAAACUUGGUCCCAAGAUAUAUAUAUUACAAAGACCACCUGGUUCCGAGAAAGAUUUUGAAAUUAUCUAA